GGCUGGAAGGUGUGACAUGUAAGACCACAAUCGAUGUGUCAAACAACAUUUAUGAGUCCCUGGCGGUGUGUAGUUCGGAGAUAUGGAGCUCUUACAAACUGACAAAUACUAUAUAUUUAACAGAGGCCAAGAUUCCUUGUGGUGUAACCGGAAAACCGGGCAGUUCCAGGCCAAAACAUGUUGGGAUUUAGCUGCUGCAGAAAAUCCAACAUGUCUUGGUAUCAUUCAUCUUCUUUUGGGAAAGCUGCAGAUCCAUCCAGACCUGUCUCCGAGAUUGGUAUUGGUAUCUGGAGUGCGCAAAGUUGGCAUGCUAGGGGAAGGUCAGUUUGUGUACUGCAUAACGCGUGUAAUUUUUCUGCCCUUGUCUGCACCACCUGACACAGAGUUAAAUCUGCAGCCAUGUCGAAAACAUGUGAAUCAUCCUGCUGGUGGUGCAGGAGAGCGAAAGCUAGGUUUGCCUUUUGGAGACUUGCAACAGAAGGUCGCACUCUCUAAAACAUUUGGCACUAUUCGUAGUGUUACAUCAACGAUCAAAACUGCUACAGUUAAUGCUGCAGUAACAGCAACUGGACAGGGUAAUAGGGCUCGGCGGGAUGGAAGGGACAAAGAACGGUAUGAAAGAAGAGUUUUGGACGAGUUGAUGAAGAUGUUUAAUGACUCUGACUCCUUCUACUACUCCUGCGAAGCAGAUCUUACGAGCUCUUUACAGCGGCAAAGUGAAUCUUCCUAUGAUGCUAGUCAGCCACUUUGGCAUAGAGCUAAUGACUAUUUUUUCUGGAACAAACACAUGCUUAUGGAUCUCAUAAAUCAGAAGUCAUCAAAUUUUGAUGCCUGGAUUGUUCCUGUGAUACAAGGCUUUGUACAGACAGAAGCUGUACCCCUUGAUGCAGAUGCAACUGCAACCUCCCCUGAUGAUUCCCUGGAUAAACAGAAUCGUGAUCAUUAUACAUUGACACUAAUAUCUCGAAGAAGUCGUUAUCGAGCUGGGACCAGGUACAAGCGACGUGGUGUGGAUGAAGAAGGCCAUGUUGCCAACUACGUUGAAACUGAACAAAUAGUGUCAUAUUCCCAUCAUCGAGUUGCCUUUGUUCUGGUGCGUGGCUCUGUACCAGUUUAUUGGAGUCAGCCAGGAUACAAGUAUCGUCCUCCUCCAAGAUUAGACAGAGACCCAGCUGAGACAGCUGUAGCUUUUGCCAAACACAUGGAGUCAGAGGUGUUACAGUAUGGCCAUGUGUCUUGCAUUAGUUUGGUGGAACAAACAGGAAAGGAGAAAGUGAUUGCUGAUGCUUUCCUGAACAACAUCUUCCAACUGGACUCUCCCUACCUCACUUUUAUAACUUUUGACUUCCAUGAAUACUGCCGUGGAAUGAGAUACGAAAAUGUUUCAUUACUACUUGAAGGCAUAGAGGACCUAAUAGGGAAAAUGCUUUACUGUUGGGUUGAUAAGGAAGGCACUAUCUGUCGGCAGAAUGGAGUCUUCAGAAUCAACUGCAUCGACUGUCUUGAUCGCACUAAUGUUGUUCAGACUGCCAUUGCCAAAUCAGUAUUAGAAGGACAGUUCGUCAAACUGGGUAUGAUCCCUCCUGAGCAUCCACUGCCACCUGCUUGCCGCUCCACUCUUCAGACUAUGUGGGCUAAUAAUGGAGAUACUAUUAGCAAACAGUAUGCAGGAACCUCAGCCCUCAAGGGAGACUUCACCAGAACUGGAGAGAGAAGGUUUGCUGGCAUGAUGAAAGAUGGGAUGAACUCUGCAAACAGAUACUAUAAGAAUCACUUCCUAGACACUUACCGCCAAGUAGCCAUUGAUGUUAUGCUGGGGUUGGAACUCUCAGACAAUCAGUGGCAAGAGAUAGACUUUGUCGAGACUUUGCUCAAUGUUGCAGGUGCCUUAAUGCCUAUUGGUCCGCCAAGUUACAUGGCAGAGAUCGCCCCUAGCAACGAGAAAUACCUAGCAAGCGCCCUCUAUUCUUUGUCCAGAUACUACAUGAAUAGAUUUAAGGAUGCCUAUAGACAAGCCACCAUUGAUCAUUUGUUAGGGAACCCUGUAACAGAAGACCUGAUUCACCUGGAAGUGCCGAGUGAUGAGGAGGAAUCAUCCAUGACCCCUGAGCAUGUGAAACAUGUCAUUGAUGACUGUAAGAAGCUGCUAGUACCUGAUGCAGAAACCAUUCUUGGGGCCUGGGGCCUCAUCGAUGCUGAUCCUUCAACUGGUGACCCUGAUCAAACCGACAUGGACAUUAUCUUGGUGCUGACUCGUGAUUCAUAUUAUGUUGCUCAAUAUGAUGAGGAGACUGACCGAAUCCUUCAUUAUGAAAGAGUAUCACUGAUUGACUUGGAAAAAAUAGAAAUGGGACCUUUUACCUGCCAAGGCAUGUUUAAGCAGUCACGUCCUCAUCAGUGUGUUCGCUUUAAUUAUCUUGUGGAUGGCCAGAGUGGAUUCUUGCAGAUGUUUCGGUCCAUGAACAUCCGUUUCUUCAAUAAUAUGGCCAUCACUAUUAAGUCAGAGGAAGAAAUGAUUGAAUCAAUAAAAGCCAUUGGCGAGACAUUUGAAGUUGCUUGUCAGAUGAUUGGCUCUGAUGUGCAGCUGGUCACAGGCAAGCUGGAAAAGAAGAGAAGUCGAGGACGGAGCCAGCUUGCAAAUUUUCUGAACCCAUUGGCUUCUCUCACUAAAACUUCUCCUGAUACACUUAAAACUGCAGGUACAAGGGCCUUUAGCAAUGUUACAUCAGGACUUGCCAAACUCAACCCAAUGUCAAGUUUACGUUUGAAGCGUCCAACAUCUGUUACAGGACAUCAACCCAUGUCUCAGUUUUACCUUCAAAAACCCACUGUUUGUGUGCAGAGCGGGAAUGAUAUUAUUAUUCCAAUGGGUGGUAAUGAGACGCAUUUAGCUUCAUGUGGAGUUGUGGCUUCUAGUCUCAUUCCACCAUUGUCUCCUCCACGGUAUCCAUCACCACCUGUGGCUCGUUGUCACAGUGAUUCAUCCAUCCCUCAGUCUACGGCAACAAUGAGAUGUCUUAUCUCCGGUAUGUCUAGCAACCGUUCACCCACUCCAGAAAUAUUAGUAAGUGAAACUGGAGACAAUGCACACAAACAAGUUGUCACUCCUACAUUUGGUGGGCUGUCUCCAACUCUUCUGAUGCAAAGAGUACGAAAGAUAUCCCAUUCAUCAGACGAAGUGGAUUCACGUGAGGAGCGAGAUGGAGGGGUUUUGAGAGCAUCUUCUGCGACAGAUCUUCAGUUGCACUUCCCUUCUAGUCAUUCAGAGGGACAUAUAGGUGCUUCAGCUAUACAAUCUGAUGGAGUAAAUGCAAGAAGUGAUAUCUCUAGCAACUUGGUGUCCCCAUUGUCAGCUCUUAAUAAAGAGGCUGUGUUAGCUCCUUUUUCAGUCUUAGCUAGAGGUGUGCAGAGUUUAGCACCUGGUGCAGGGCGUCUGGCGCGUGGCAUGCAAAGUAUUGGGGUAAAUUUAGACCCUCGUCGAUUGCGUGUCCAACGUCAGAAACAGCUAGAAGAGGAUCCAAUAAUGAAGGAGCGAAAAUUGAAGUGCAAGACAAAGAUUAUUCAACUUUAAGAAGCUAGGAUUAUAUUUAAUUCAUACUUCUUUGUUGGAAAGGGACUAUAAUAUGUAAAUCAUUGGGCUGAAAGAUCUCUGAUUUCAGUGAAUCAAAAAUGAACCAAAUGAUGUGAUUGAGAACCAUGCUAACUAGUCCCUGGUGAAGCUUAAUUACGUCCAAGGCCUCCUUUGCAAUAAAGUAUGAAAGCAGGUGUGCAAUUACAACCAACUGGUAGAUUUGUCUUUCCUUAACAUGAUGUAAUAUAAGCUCAAUUUAAAUUAUCAACAAGAUACCAUAAUAUAAGAACUGGGCCAUAUUAGGUAGACAGUAGAAUUUGUAAAGACUCUCAAUAUGCACUUAAUGAUACAUUCCUGUCAUUUUGAAUCUUGUUAUUUAUAAAUUUUAAUGAUGUAUCUUUCCAAGAUACAUGUACACAUUACACAUUUUCAAUAUUUAAAGGUAUUUUGCACAGUGAUUAUUAAGUUUUGAGGACUAGAGGAUGCACAAGAAAUAUGAUUUGAGUGUUAGUCAUCUUGUGAGUUUGAGCUGAGUCUAAUGUCUUCAAGAUAUGGUUCAUUACUUGAAAACACUGUGCUCAAAAAUUAUUAAAUGGUAUUGUAAGCAUUCCAUAUGAAGUUGACCUCUUGUAUGAUCUCAUCUUUCUUAAUAUAUAAUUUGAGAUUUUAUUAUUUAUAUCUGUACAUUGAUUAUUUUAAACUAUAUAAUUUAAUGUAGGUCUUCCAUCAGCUUUAUUCAGUAGGCUUAUUGUAGACUUUUUGGUUUGAGUUUUUAUUUGUUCAGGACUUAAUUUUACACUCCAGGGAUAGUACAGAUGCAACAGCAGUUUUUUUUGUAACAUAGCAUGAUUAUAUUUUCAUGUAUAUACGGUAUAUAUAUGUGUGUGUGUGUGUAUGUAUGUGUGUAUAUAUAUAUAUAUAUAUAUAUAUAUAUAUAUAAAAUAUAUAUAUACAUUGAUUUUUUGCAUAAUUUUAGUGAAUUAAUUAGAGAGAAAAAAUGGAAUAUUUUAACAUAAUAAGUGUGGCUUUUGUGGUAAGAAACACAGGUUUUUGAAACACAUACAUCACAUUUUCAUUAUGAGUUUCCUUAUUGCGGCACCUUGUUUAAAUAGCAGUUAUAUGCCUUUAGACUGAAACAAGGGUAUUUUUGGUUUCAUAGAUCUGUUUUUGGUUCCUCAUUGGGUAAGAAUUGUAACAAAAAUUCAAAAUAAUUUAGUGACUGAUUAUUAUUUUUAAAUUAAAGAGGAAGUGCUAAAUUGGUAGGGUAAUGAGAGGUAAUUAGAUUUGAUCCAAGGAAGGGGAGAGUAGCUCCUCUCUUUCUCUCUCUCUCUCUCUCUUUUUUUUUUUUUUUUUUUUUUUUUUUUAAUCACAGGUAUCAAGGCAACUCCUUUCCAGGGAGGUGCCUUGAGGCUGCUGAAGGGCUCUUGAUCCAAAAACUUAAGAGCUACCCUCCCUUUCCUUGGAUUGAAUCUGUUUGUCUCGCAUUGUGUGAACUCACAUUGUGUGAACCCUACGGGUUUAAUGCAUUCCCCAUGAAUAUAGUAAUAUUAAAAAAUCAAGGUGCAUGCCACCAUUGUAUCCCUUAUCCUUUGAAGGUUUUAGCUUCCUUACACUUUACUUCUUCACAUUAUAGUACUUUUAAUCAAGUAAGAAAAUAUGAACUGUCAUCCUUUACUGAUUGGUACAUUUUUCAGAUAAAGGUAAUUAGAGCAUAUUAGCUGCUUUGAUGUUUGCACUAAGACACUUCUAAGAAAUGCAGGAAGUGCAUUCAUAGCUUACUUAUUUGUGUAUCUAGUGAUACAUAUCAUUGGUAUACUACAUAUAUAAAAUAAAAUAUGUAUAUAUAUAGAUAUAUAUA